CUCUUCCUCUUAUUGUUAUCGAUUUUCACUGCCAAAAUGUCAUUUCAACUGGAGCGGACGUACGGCUUGAGAGCCCAGCAUUGGUAUCAGCCAGAGACAAGUCUCUCAGAUGUUGCACAAAACUUGUUCGCCGCAUCGUUGCCAGAUGGGGAAACGCAGCAGUUUCUUGACAACUCCAAUAAAAUUGCCAGCAAUUUCUUUUGGCAGACGGUUCGCAACCUUGGGGUCAUGAUUUUGUCGACAAUCUAUUCGAAAACUGAUAUCAAUGGAAUGACCGGAUUCGGAAACAUGUUCCUUUUCAGUGAAAAUCAGUUCGCCAAGUUUCUCGCAAUCGAGAAAGAAUCUUGGAAUUCUACCGACAAAAAGGUGCUCGAUCUUGGAGCUGGCAACGGAGACAUUACAGAGCACAUGCGCCCAUUCUUUGAGCAUGUUUAUGCUACAGAGUUGUCAUCGAAGAUGAGAAACCGGCUCAGCUGGAAGGGAUACAAUGUUCUCAGUGCACUCGAGUGGGCUGAAACUGAUGUUAAAUUUGAUUUGGUCACCGCUUUCAACCUCCUCGAUCGCCAUUACUCGCCAGGAAAGCUGUUGAACGACUUGUGGAACGUCGCUCGCCGCUCAAACUGUAAUGUCAUCGUGUCGCUUGUGCUUCCAGUCAGCCAUUACGUGGAAUUCAAUCCAAAUGGACGAAGCACCCGACCUGACAACUACCUGAACGUUGCUGGUCGUACCUACGCCGACCAUGUUCAUCAUAUGAUCGUCAAUGUUUUCAAACCGGCAAAUUUUGAGGUGCUCAGAUGGACAAGAUUGCCGUAUCUUUGCGAAGGAGAUAUGAACAAUUCUGCUUACUACCUUCCUGACGCGAUCUUUCUUCUGAAACCCAUCGAGCCAGAAUCGCCUUCUUCCACAAUCACACAGGAAACAACUUCCGUCUCCCAAGAAUCUACAUCUCAUGCUUCACAUACCGAUCUUUAGACUUUCAACAUAAUUUAUUCACAAAAUACUCAGUCACCAGUCAUUUAUUACGGUUCUUUCAACAUACCGUUGCUUCCAAAUCGUGAAUCCAUUUCUCCAAAGUAUUUUUGCAAGUUCGUGCUCACCCAUUAUAUCGGUACCCAUGAUUUUAUUUUUAAGUUUUAAAUGAAUUUUUUGAGAC